AUGGUUCAGUGGUGGGACUCUGCCAAAAUAGAGGCUACCGUCACCCGCCAGUUCGUCUGUCGCCACCUGCUGCCCCAGGAAAUUGAGCGCUUGGAUCAGUCGCUCGGUUUCGGCGACGGCUUGACCGACGGCACGUACUGGGAGUGGAUCAACACCAAGGCCAAGCGCAUCUUUCUUAUACUCGUCGACCUGAACAUCCCGGAUCAGAUUUUCGGCAUCAUCGACGAUUCGUGGGACGACCAUGACCUACCCAUCGCCGAGGACCAGGUGGAGCGUCUGGCCUUGACGGCUGUCAGGGAUGACAGGAUGGACAGGAAGUUCUUCCUGCGACAGUUCCACUACACCAUGAAGCUCCUCCAGAAAGGAGAACACAUCGUCUACCUAGACCAUGACAUAGUUCCAAUAGACUCGGCGGACCGCCGGUCGUCACUCCUCGGCAGCCACUCGAUCGACAAGGUCGCGCUUCCCAACUGGCCCGGUCGCGUCUUUUGUCGUCGCCGGAUACCUCUCAGUCACACCAACAGUCCCGGAGGCUUGACGUCCGCAGACUUCCAGGAAGCCAUCAGCAGCAUCAAGGGCAUACAGCACCACCACCUUGUAUGCUAUUUCGCAUCGUACAUCCACCAAGGCGUCGGCUUUGUCCUGUUCACCCCAGCGAUGGAUUCGUCCCUCAAGUCGUUCCUCGGUAGCGCGCCGUCGAGCUUCAGGAACCUCCCCAAGAAAGAGCGGCGACACCUCGUCAUGAACUGGAUCCUCUGCCUAGUAGACGCUCUCGCCUACAUUCACAGCCGUCGAUAUUCGCACGGCAAUAUCAAGCCAUCAACGAUCCACCUUACCAAUCAGCUACACAUCUCGUUCUCCGACUUUACGCGAAUGAGCACCGACGCGCUAACGGGACAGCCGGAAAAGUCCUCCUCCUCGUUUGACCGUGAAUCAUACGACUACGCCGCGCCGGAACAAUGGUUUCGACCCACGACGGGUCCAUCGGGCUACACUGCCGGCAACCGCAAGAGCAAGGGCGCGCAGGGCGCCAUGUCGACGUCACCCGAGAAUCGUACUAGUUUCUCCAUCCCACGCAACGACAACCCCAGCAGCCCCAGCGCCAUGCUACAGUCCCCCAACCCGCAGCUGGACGCGCAGGCGGCCGACGUCUUCUCGCUCGGGUGCGUGCUCCUGGAGAUGGCGGGCUUCCUCCUCAAGAAGAGCACCAAGUCUUUCGCCACGCACCGGGCGUCGAAGAACAAGAAGGCAGGCCGGGGAGGGGCGGUGCCGGACUCCUCGUUCCACAAAAACCUGGGCCAGGUGGAGACGUGGAUGUCGACGCUGGCGAAGGAGGCCACGAAGAAAGCGUCCGACGCGGACGGCGCGACCGUGUUUCGCGGCGUGGUACCGAUCCUCCACGUCGUCGCCCGCAUGCUCUCGGCCAACCCGGACGACCGCCCCACCGCCGACGAGGUCCAGCUGCGCGUCUACCAGGUCAUCACGCACUACUGCGGCCUCAAGGAACCGCACUGCGUGCAUCGCUACGGCGGCGGCGGCGGGUGGGACUACGGCGUGGGGCAGCUGCGGAUCCAGUCGCCGACCCCGAUGGACCCGACCACGGUGAUGGUGUCGCGGCGGAGCACGACGUCUUCGCGGCCGACGCAGGGCAGCGGCAGCGGCAGCAGCGGCAGCAGCGGUAGCAGCAGUCGGAGCCGCCCGGGGCAGCAAGUCGCCGGGCCGGCGCACUCGCGGACCGACAGCAGCGGGGGCAUGUCCAACAACGACCAUGACAGCAACAGCGACGACAUCAGAAGCUCGAUCAGCAGCGGGAAGGACGCGGAACGAGACCGCGGGUCGAGCGCGGGGUCGGUUUCGGUUUCGAUAUCGGAUUGGGACCUGGCUGCGUUGCGGAACAUCCCCGUGACUAAGACGAGACUGUCCGGGACAUGGCAGACCUCAUCCGCUGCCGUUCACCCGCAGACUUUAUACCCUGAACGAGGCGACCAGGCGCCGGUCUAA